CCGGUUAAGUCCUGCAGACCUCGUAGAAUGAAAGCGACAAAAGCGUGAAUUGAGAAUAUCUUCGUAUUGGAUGCUGCAGAUUCUGCCCGCAGACAGGAGUCGCGGUUAUCGGGAGGACAGACAGCUUUUAAAAUGAACCGAACAAGGUCCAGUCUGAACAAAAAGCCCCGCCAACCCACGACCAGGAUCACGCGCAGCGCCAGCUCCCAGAGCAAAGGCAAAGACCCAGAGCCCAGUCUGUUCGCCAAACAGCGCAAGAAGCAGAGUGACUGGGGUCUGACCAAGGAGCUGAGCCAGAUGAGUGUUGAUGGACAGGAUGAGUUGAGUGAUGGGAAUCGUCUCAGUCAGGGUUCGGUUCUCAAAGGUGGGUGUGAAGCCAAGUCAAGAUCUGGAGGUGGUCUGGCCUCUGUGGUGCGGCUGCUGAAGCUUGGUCGAUGUAAGAACGUGGUGGUGGUGGCCGGAGCUGGAAUCAGCACUGCCAGUGGGAUCCCCGACUUCAGGACCCCAGGCACGGGUCUUUACGCCAACUUGGAGAAGUACAGCAUCCCAUAUCCUGAAGCCAUUUUCAACAUCGACUACUUUUCCAACGACCCGCAGCCCUUCUUCUCUCUGGCCAAGGAGCUGUACCCCGGCAGCCAUCGCCCCAACUACGUCCACUACUUCCUGCGUAUGCUGCAUCACAAAGGCCUGCUGCUGCGGUUGUACACCCAGAACAUCGAUGGGCUGGAGAAAUUGUGCGGUAUUCCAGAAGACAAACUGGUGGAAGCACACGGCAGUUUCGCCACAGCCUCCUGCCAUCUCUGCUACACACCUUACCCAGCCGAUGAGGCCAAGCUCUCGAUCAUGAACGACAAGGUCCCUGUGUGUGGCUUCUGCUCUGCAACCGUCAAACCCGAUGUCGUGUUUUUCGGGGAGGACCUUCCACAGAAGUAUUUCCUUAACACAGUGGACUUCCCCAAAACGGACCUACUCAUCAUCAUGGGAACCUCUCUGCAGAUCGAGCCGUUUGCCAGCCUGGUCAAUACAGUACGCUCCACUGUCCCACGUCUCCUCUUGAAUCGGGACGCCGUGGGUCCAUUCCAGAAGAGCCCCUUACGCAGGGGGGACUACAUGGAGCUGGGAGACCUGGAGACGACCGUCCGACGCUUUGCCGACUUGCUGAGCUGUAACACAGAGAUCGAGGAACUGAUGAUGAGAGCAGAAGCGAAUCUGCCACCGUUGGUCAGCAUCGCUCCACCUGUUCCAGAAGGCUCUGACCACCCGAUGAUGUCAGAGUUCAGUGGUGGCGAGGACACCGACUCAGAGACGGACAGCAAGAGUUCGGCCUCGUCCCACCUGAGUCACUGAAGACGAAGCACUGGAGGUGUUCACACUACGAUUCAGGUUCUUUCAGUGAAUGAUCCGUAACCUUAAAGCACUUGUUCAUGU